AUGGGAGUAACGCAACAUUCUAAGAAUUCGUAUUCCGGGAACGACAAUCAAAGAGACUUUGUUCGGCUGUGUUCGAGAAGGAUUUACUUUCCUGUUCGUUGGUAAAAUCAUUCCAAAGAAAAGUGCCAUGGAUACUAAAGGAAAGCCGGCCAACAUCUAUCUUUUUAACUGCGAUAAUACUUGUAAUUUGGAUCCAAUAGAAUCCUUACUACUAACCUUGCAAAACGACGUGAAGAUGCGGUUUACUGUACACAAGCGCAAAUUUCGGCUGCGUGAAAUGUCAGAGAUGAGCGAGACAGUCAUUCCCGGACUACAAAUGGAUUUUGCUGUUUUUGCUGUCCAUGCCCAUGAAUCACGGCUCUCAAUCAACGAAGACAACGCUGGAAUUGGUUACGCAAGUCUCUAUAGAGCUUUAAAGAGAGCGUCUGGUGAGUCGAAACGAUUGAGUUGAUAGUGUUUUGCAUCAGAUCUUUUCAGAGCGAUAACGAUACACUUUUUCCUUUUUAUGACGAUAUAUACACUCUGAAAAGGUUAAAUGGCUUUUCAGUCCUGGAGAAAACAAAAGAUAUAACGAUUCUAAAAAUUGUGGCUGUGUGGCAUUUGUAAUGCCUCUAUUUAUUAUUCGUAUUUUUGUUCGUGAGAAACAUUAACUGACGUUUAUCUCUUAAGGAAGUCGAGCUUUCAAUUUUGUUUUUUUGAUAAAAGAAAAGACGCGAACCAUUAGUCCGAUUAACUUUCAGAGCUAGCUGCUCAGUAUUAACACUCUCGCUUUCGUGGAAAACACUUAGUUGUGUCUAUGUUGGGACUAACCAAAAGCGGAAAUUACUUCCGGCCUCGCUACAUGUUUCACUUUCACAAAACUGUUCUAUGAUUCACGGUUUCUCGGAAAGAACUUGGAUGUCCGAAAAUAAUAGAUAAAAAAUUUUAGAGGUAUUUGUUAAGGCAUGCUUAGGUGGAGAAAAAGCAUUUAAUUCCGCUGAAAACUCGUUUUAUAGGGUACUGCUAUAUUCAGAUAUAGAUAUCCGAUAGAUGUGGUGGUAUGUUUUUCAGUGAAAUUACGUGCAAUUUGAAUUCAGUGAUUUUCAUGAUGACAGUGAUACAAUAAACUAUUUUUUUGCGCGUGUGUAUGUCCAACAUACACACGCGCAGAGAGGUCUCUCCACUCAGCAUCGAUCGUUAGUCACUCAUAACAGUUUUCAAAUUGAUUGAUUCAUUUUGUUAUCCAAGAUGACAAGGUGUUGAUAGUCAUCGGUGGAGACAACAGUUACAAAGAUACAGACGAGGAAGACAGAUUUGUGAUCUCGCGUUGGGCACGCAGAAAAGUGGCCUCGCAGUUCGGAGAGGAAUAUCUUGACGGAAGACAAAGCUUCAUCUUUUCCUGGGACAAGUAUUACAGGGAAAUCCAUGAGAAAGCAUUGCUGCAUUACUUUGAUCCAAGCAAAACAGGAGAGAAGUUUGAAUACCAGCCGAAACCAAAGCCAUCACCAAAGCCAGUGCCACAGCUAAAGCCACAAUCAGAGCCGAUUCCUCAUGAAGUAUGAGAAAAUUGAAUGAGUUUUUUUGUAUAAAUAAAAUAAUUAUUUGGUGUCAUAAGAAAGGGGUAUAGUUGUUCACCAAGAGAACAUCUUAGUUAAACAGUCAGCAAAAACAUAUCGUUUAAUACCAUCAAGUGACUACAAAAUGUCAUCCAUAAUCGUAGGGUCCUGGUAAAAGUCAGCAAAAAGUUGCUCUCGUCUUGUUAUAGACUGCUAGCAAUCCGGGUCUUCAUUUAUCACUGCUCGCUCUUUAGAAUUCUCAUUUCGUUUAUUUGCCUGAUUAUUUGCUUUCCCUAUCCAAUCAUUUUUUUCCUAUCAGCCCUCAGACCAUGGAGAAACGAAAGUUGAUGUGGAAGAACCAGGUCCGUAUCCAGGUAUAAUAAGUAAAUAUAAUUAAAUUAUGACAGUCUUAAAAUUCAAGGAAUUGCAUUUUGGAAACAGCUGAAGACGAAACUUUUGUAAAACUAUGCGUAAAUUUCCGGGUACUCAGGCGUUCGUAAUGGUAACAUCGAAACGUACUAUUCAUAGGGUUUUCACACUUGUUUAAAAUGAAAUUUCAUGUAAAUGUGGAAUCUGCCAUAUAAUUGGCAUAAGAAAAAGAAUUCUGAGCCAUAUCGAUAGCUAAGAGUGCUUUUAUAUGCUUCUCUUUUUUAAAAUAAUCGAGGCCAACAUGAGAAAAACCCACUUUUCAGAAUUUUGACGACGUUUUCUGAACCAAUACAAACGACCCGUGUUUUAGAAUUCAGAUAACCUCGAUCUUGUUCUAACAUUUGGGACAUCAUUCCUUUCGAAAUUAACCGUCGCUUCUUGAUCCAAUUAAUGUCUUUUUAAUUUGAAUUUCAGGCCCGUUAUACUACCCAGAGGGCACUGUCCUGUUAGACACUCUGAUUCGCUAUGGUAGGAUCUCUUUCGACAGUGGUGAUGUUAGGAUCUGGGACCAAACAUGGAAACCGUCAGAGAGGUUCAUACAGGACAUAGCACGAGAUUGGGGAUCAAUCCCUCUGGCUGAUCUGCAAGUUAGAUCUCUUGGUUCUGGUGGUGUCACUUACAAAGUUACACCGGUUGAGCUGCCUUCUAGGUGGAGUUUGUCUGGAUGGUAUAAGUCAUCAUGGGUCGCUUUUUUUACUUUUCUCGGUGUGGCGGGGCUGGUCAUUUAUGGUAUUUGGAGGUUAGCCCUAGAUUAUAACCAACCGAGAAUGCCUGAUCAGCAAGGACAGCAUGAGAGUACUUUCAAAAUAGUUUAAAGAUUAUGUUGUGUAGAUGCUGAAAUACUUUGACAGUUUUUCGUUUGAACUGCUAGAACUUCCGGCAGAUUUAAGUCUACAUUAAAAACAGUGAAUAGAAAAAUGAAUCUUUCCUUUUCCUAGAUAACUUAACCUACAGAAUAGAUAUACAAACAAUCUGAUUUGUCGACUAUUUCCCGCUUUUGUUACUUACUUUCAUAGGGUUAAGCCGCUUCCUUGGUGGAGCUUGUUUUAACGCAGGACAUAGCACGAGAUUGGGGAUCAACCCCUGUAGCUAAUGUGCAGUUUAGAUCUCUUGGUUCCGGUGGUGUCAUUAACACCGUUUCUAAAGUUCGGUCGCCUCCUUGGCGGAGCUUGUUUGGAUGGUGUAAGUCAAAAUGGGCCGCUUUUUUAACUUUUCUCGGUUUGGUGGUGCUGGCCAUUUAUUGUAUUUGGAGGUUAGCCCCAAGAAUGCCUGAUCAGUAAGGACAGCAUUAGACUAAUUUUGAAAUAGUUCAAAGAUUAUGUUGUGUUGAUGUUGAAAUAUUAUGACAGAUUUUCGUUUGAACUGCCAGAACCUCUGGCAGAUUCACGUCUACUUAAAAAACAGUGCACAGAAAUAGAGGGUAUCACAUGGCCGCGCGGGGAUACGAAUUUUAUAUUCAAGUGCUGUUUAUUUUAUAGAUACUGAUGAAAUUCCUAAAUUAUUUCAAAAGAACCGGCCGCGCGCCUGAGCGGGAAAAUCUCUUGUAAUUGGCUAAUCACGUUAGUAACCAUGGCGACACCAAUAUCCUCACACGUGAAAUAUGAAAAUAUUAUCUUCACAGCUCGCGAUGAAAAUCAUAUGAUUUUUUCGUAAAAGUAAAAAUCCUGGUGUUUCAUCCGUAUCUAUACAAUAGAAAUGAAUCUUACCUUUUCCUAGAUAGCUCAACCUACAAAAGAGAUCUUAAUUAAGAGAGUUCUUUGCAAAGAUUAGGUCAGAUAUACAAACAAUCUGAUUUGCCGACUAUUUCCCACUUUUGUUACUUACUUCCAUUCGAUGUUAUUAUGUUUCAUGGAGUGAGAUUAGCUCAACAUGGUAUUCGUGCGAGAACAAACCAGAUUUACCAACGUAGUAAACUGGCUUUGGGAAUUCAUGUAGUUAUUCAUUCAAAUUUACUGGCCAGCUUACAGGUGACAGCCUUGCACGUUCUCGCAAUCUAUCCAAAGAGUAGUAAAACGUUUGAUCACAUUAUGCUGUGUGAUGAGCUCCUGCAGAAUGGGCUGGAAGGCCUCUAACCUGCUUGUCCAUUGAUAUUUUAGUUUCAUGACUUCAGUGCUGUAGUAUACCUUUUUCACUUUAUUGACAAGUUUAACAUUCAUUUCGAGUGUAACGGGUAAUUUUUAAGAGAAUCUUGUCAUUGGUAAGUUGUUAUGG